UUUUGUUUGAAGCUCGACAGUUCAACCUUGUCUCUGAGCAUUAGUUUUUUAUUUUCGCAUUUGUAAGUUAAGCUCUCAUACAGUUGGGAGCAGCUUGGUUAAUUAUACCACUAAACAAUGCCUGAAGUUGCAGAAGUUGCACAUGUUUGUGCUCAAUUGAGACGGAAUAUAAUAGGAUACAGAAUCACUGGAGCUAAUAUCCUCAAUGAUUCUUUGCUCUUCCCUAGCUUGAAAGGAAAUAAUGAACCUGAAGGGGAAAUCAGAAGAAUCAAUUCUUUAUUGGAUGGAGCUGUUGUGGAAAAGGUGGGGAGACACGGAAAAUAUUUUUGGAUCAGAUUUAAUAACCAAGUGGCAAUGUUGAUGCAUUUUGGAAUGACUGGAAUGAUAAAGCUAAAGAAUAUUGACUCGCAUAUGGUAUUUAUGGAGAAUGGUGGCGACAAGAAGAUACUUGAAACCAAAGUAAAGGUUAAAGAGGAGUCAACCUCAGGUUCCCUGUCCAAGACAACGUCAAAGUAUUUUGCCAAAAAAGAGAGUAUAAAAGAGGUGGAUAAUAAGAAACAGGAACAGGAACAGGAACAGGAACAAUGGCCCCCCAACUUCAGCAAGAUGGAGUUGAAGCUAAAGAAGGAAAAAGAGUUGGACUUGUCAUUUGUGGAUCCUCGAAGAUUAGGAAGAAUUCGUUUCUUCACUGAUAUAACGAAAGAUGAAGACCUUUUUAAUUUGGACCCACUCAAGAGGCAGGGCCCUGACUAUUCAAAAUCAGGACUACACGUGACCAAAAUAUUCGAAUAUGGUGAUCCUGAUCCAAAAAGAUACAUAGAAUUGCUUUCUCUUCCUGAAUUCGCCAAACUUGUUAUUCUGAAGAAGAAGACUAUCAAAAGUUUGUUGCUUGAACAAGACUAUUUCGCAGGAGUGGGAAACUGGGUCAGUGACGAGAUUUUGUAUCAAUCUAGGAUCCACCCCGGUGAAGUUUUGAGUGAAAAGCUUGAUUCAAGCAGCCCCGUUAUUGAGGCUCUUUACAAUGCUCUUAUAAGUGUUUGCUAUACAGCUGUUUCUGUGGAAGGGGAUGUAAAGAAAUUUCCCGAAGAGUGGCUAAUGUUGUAUCGAUGGGGUAAGAGAAGAACAAAGCAGGCCAAAGCCAAGGUUGGGGGACACCCCGUCGAUUUUGUGACUAUUGGAGGCAGAACCGCCUGUUUUGUUCCCAAAGUACAGAAAAAGCUAUAAGCAGGCAUGGUCUAUUGUCGUCAGCAGUUGGUACAUUGACAUCAACUGAAGCCAAUAUGAUUUUGACUUCCGAGCUAUCAAUAUCAGUACGAAUUGGUGCUGCAAUGAGUCGGAAUACGAUUGUAGUUCCGUUACCGCCUUUCGGCUGAAAAGCACAAACUGCCGGAAUUUCUGCGCAGACAGUCUAAGAGAAUAGUUCUCGGAAAUGCAAAAAGAAACCAGUAGCAGCGCGAUCGGAUUAAAUAAAAACACCAUUCCUAGUUCUUCCGAAUGUUUCAAAUCCCGGGUCGGAAGCCGACGCAUCGAAAGCUUAUGUAGAUUCGUUCUGGAAGGUCCUGGACAGGAAGACAAGUUGCUUUGUAUGUCAUUGGAGGAGAUGCUCCUCCAGAUUUGAUGGUCCAAUAAAAUCGACAUGUGUCAGAGUGCUGUCUCAUCGAAGGAACAAAUCGGAUCGAAUUCAAAGAAAAAAAUUGCAUGUAAAUGAGGGGGAGUAAAUGUGCGGCUAGCGCGUUACCUUCUAGGUCUGCCGUUGGUCCGUAGUUAUUUUAUCAAGUGUGGAUUUCACCAGUAUCGACAUUGGUUUGACUUCUAGAAGAUGAGCAUAGAACUACUACAAACUACAAGGGAAUUUAAAUGGUUUACCGCCGAUAAUUUCGUCCUCUUCCUCUAUUCUACCCUCUAGCCCGCAUAGGGUGAUA